UCCAAUUUGCCCCUUCCUGGAAUGGCAACUGUUGUGUAAAAUAUCAUCAAACUAACUACCUUUUUAAAAGUGUUUUUAACCAUUUUCAGCGAUGUCGAAGGGAAACAGAAUCCCGGGGUAUUAAGGCGAAUAUCGGUUAAAAGCAAAGAAAGAAAACAUAUAUUAUCCCCGGCUGUCUCCUCUUCGGGAUCGCUGUGGUCCUUCAGACCAGACCCGCAGGACCAGGCCGACCCCAUCGACGGUUCUUCCGCCAGUAUCCUAUUGUCACACAGUCUGAGUAAAGGAGUGGCCAACGGUGGGAUGGCUCAGUUCCAAGAAAUGAUGCGGCAGCAGCUGGAGAGCUCUAUGCACAAGGAGCUGGAGAAACUGCUGGACACCACCACAGGCGCAGAGAGAGAGGUGUCCAGAAAAGACUUUGAGGGCUUCAAGAAUCUUUUCCACAGAUUUCUGCAGGUGAAGGGGCCAUCACUAGAGUGGAUCAAGAUACAAAGACCUCCAGAGGACUCGAUCCAGCCCUACGAUAAGAUCGCUGGCCGAGGCCUGCCAGACAACGUGGCUGACUGCCUGAACAAACUGGUGGUGGUGAAGCUGAAUGGAGGCCUGGGCACCAGCAUGGGAUGUAAGGGCCCCAAGAGCCUGAUCAGUGUCCGCAACGAGAACACCUUCCUGGACCUCACGGUGCAACAGAUAGAGCACCUGAACAAGACCUACAACACAGACGUGCCGCUGGUUCUCAUGAACUCCUUCAACACAGACGAAGACACAAAGAAGAUCCUGCAGAAGUACACACACCACCGUGUCAAGAUACACACCUUCAACCAGAGCAGGUACCCUCGCAUCAACAAAGACUCGCUCCUCCCUGUGUCCACAAACUUGAACAUGAACGGGCAAAGCGCAGAAGGCUGGUACCCUCCGGGGCACGGCGACAUUUAUGCCAGCUUCUACAACUCGGGCCUGUUGGAUCAGCUGAUCGCGCAGGGCAAGGAGUACAUCUUUUUGUCCAACAUCGACAACCUGGGAGCCACCGUCGACCUCCACAUCCUGCACCACCUGGUCAGCCAGCCCAACGGCAAGCGCUGCGAGUUCAUCAUGGAGGUGACGGAUAAGACGCGCGCCGACGUCAAGGGUGGCACGCUGAUCCAGUAUGAAGGAAAACUGCGUCUGCUGGAGAUCGCCCAGGUGCCCAAAGCCCACGUGGACGAAUUCAAAUCGGUGUCAAAGUUCAAGAUUUUCAACACCAACAACCUGUGGAUCUCUCUGACUGCUAUCAAGAAGCUGCAGGAACAGAAGGCCAUGGACCUGGAGGUUAUCGUCAACCCCAAGACGCUUGACGGCGGGCAGAACGUUGUCCAGCUGGAGACGGCGGUCGGUGCCGCCAUCAAAUGCUUCGACAACGCGCUGGGCAUCAACGUGCCUCGCAGCCGCUUCCUGCCCGUCAAGACCACGUCGGACCUGUUGCUGGUCAUGUCCAACCUGUACAGCCUGGACGCCGGCUCUCUCACCAUGAGCCCCAAGAGAGAGUUCCCAACAACCCCGCACGUCAAACUGGGCAGCUCCUUCACCAAGGUUCAGGAGUACCUGACCCGCUUCGAGAGCAUCCCCGACAUGCUGGAGCUCGACCACCUGACGGUGUCAGGAGACGUCACCCUGGGGAAAAACGUCUCUCUCAAGGGCACCGUCAUCAUCAUCGCCAACCACGGAGAUCGGAUUGAUAUCCCGGCCGGCUCCAUGCUGGAGAACAAAAUUGUAUCUGGCAACCUCCGCAUCAUGGACCACUGACACCUUUUUCACACACAAAUUGUGCCCUUAUCAACCUAUUUGGCUUUAUCCCAGCGAUGUGACCCGUCAUUUUUCAGCGCAUUGUUCUCCCUGAAGGGUAUGUGUGAUUGUCUGUGCAGUGCUACUCUGCAGCUUCAACAGUAGGUAGUGUUUACAUGGUUGAUGGUUGGGGGUGCGUGCAGCUGGCAUAUCCUGCCCCCUGCAGGCUGUUUAUUAUAAAAUAUAAACCUCAAAUAGUGUUAAUAAUACUCUACUUUUAGCGGUUAUAUUAAACAAUGACAUAAACAAUCCAUGGUAGGGAGAAAACUAACAAAUCAGAUUCUAUUUUAUUAUCUUUUAACUGUGAUUUUGACUGUUUCUUUCUGUCAAAACCAACUCGAAAUGGAUAUUAUAAUAAUAAUAAUAAUAAUAAUAAUGCCAAUUUAUCAUCCUCUUCACCCUCUGUGUGCUCUUACAGCACUGUUAAUACGAUCACAUAGUGUACUUACAUAGAGAGGGUAAAGUCAUGAUGAGUUUUGACCAUUUAUUUCAAGCACUGAGAUCUCACUCUGGGACUCAACAUGGUUCCACAAAAUACAGCGGUGGCAAGAUAUGUCCAACUGAUAGAAAUAACUGAUAUAAUGUGCAGUUAUCCAUUAUCUAUACUUGGGGCUGGAGCCUGUCCUAGCUCACAGGCACAUACAAUACAUACUUAGAAGUAACCAUUGACACUCACAGGAAGUUCAGUUUCCAUACCGGCCUGUGGUAACUCAUAUGAAAGAUAAAUGAAACGGUAAAAUCCCUCCUAAAUGUGUCUUGUUCCUCAGAUGUAUCAUCCACUCUAGAUGAACAUGACAGAUAUAAAGCAUGUUCAAGUGUCCACUGAAGGGACUGUGUGGACCAAUGAGGGAGGCUGGAUCGGCCUAAAAAUCAAUACAUACAGAAAACCCUUUUUUUUUUUUCUUUCAGUUGAGGUUUCACUGGCGUGGUUUUCUUGUAAUCCUGUUGACAGACUGGACUGAAAAUUACUGAAGAAUUAGUGCCAGUAGUGGAUAGAAAACGUGCAUUCAUUCCCCUCGUCGUCUCGUCGUCGUUUAAAGCUGACAGGUAGCACAGCGUGGGUUCAUCACAGACUUUUUGCUGUUAACAGAUGCCUGCUGCGUCUGAAAAUGAUGCUGAAACCGUGAAGUUUCAUGCCAGGAAAACCAAAACAAUCAGUUGAAAUACGCAAAAAAAAGCUCAGCUCAGGUGAAGUGAUAAUUCUCUGAUACCUUUCACCUACAGGUAGCCAUUUGAUCCAUUCAUAUAACUAUUUAGAGCAGCUUUAAAUGAAUCCAUUUUUUUUACAGGACAAUACAUUAUGAAUUUGUGGAACCAUGCAAUAGUCAAAUGAAAUUAGUAACUAACUUCCAGCGCAAUGGCAACUAAGUCCCAUAGAGCGUAAAAUAGACUUGGAGGGGUUAUGUUUCCUCCUCCAGCGCCCAGGCUAACCUUGGGCUUGUCUAGACUGAGAACCACAUUGAGGUGUGUGGACAGCCUGUGUCUCUGCCUGUUUGGUGCCCUUUCAGUUUUUUCAAAAGUGUAAUAAUCAUGUUAAAGUGAAGGCCUUUAUUUGUUCAGUCCCUGUGUGAUGUAGAUUACGGAAAAUAUCCCAAUGUUGUGCAUUAUUUUUGUUUUGUAUGUUUGCUUACAUUAUGACCUUAAUGUUGAAUCAAACCGCAUGCCUCACCACGGUGUCAAACCUCUCCAUCACAUGACUCAGCGUUAACUCUUCACACAAAGCAAGGACAAGAGGUGCAAUACUUUCUGCAGCAUUGGUUUAUACACACACACACACACACACACACACACACACACACACACACACACAGUUCCAAGUAAGAAUACUUGAGAUGGGUCCGACGUGUGGACCUGAAAGCAAUAAGUGUUGAUUUGUGAUGGUGACGAGGUCUCCGUCCUCAGAGCUGAAUAAAGUGCAAUAUGAAAUAAUGA